AUGGAGGGGCAGCGGGGACAUGGAGGGGCAGCGGGGACCUGGAGGGGCAGCGGGGACAUGGAGGGGCAGCGGGACAUGGAGGGGCAGCGGGGACAUGGAGGGGCAGCGGGGACCUGGAGGGGCAGCGGGGACAUGGAGGGGCAGCGGGGACAUGGAGGGGCAGCGGGGACAUGGAGGGGUAGCGGGGACCUGGAGGGGCAGCGGGACAUGGAGGGGCAGCGGGACCUGGAGGGCAGCGGGGACUGGAGGGGCAGCGGGGACCUGGAGGGGCAGCGGGGACAUGGAGGGGCAGCGGGGGACACUGGAGGGGCAGCGGGACCUGGAGGGCAGCGGGGACCUGGAGGGGCAGCGGGGACAUGGAGGGCAGCGGGGACAUGGAGGGGCAGCGGGGACCUGGAGGGGCAGCGGGACAUGGAGGGGCAGCGGGGACAUGGAGGGGCAGCGGGGACCUGGAGGGGCAGCGGGACUGGAGGGGCAGGGGGACCUGGAGGGGCAGCGGGGACCUGGAGGGGCAGCGGGGACAUGGAGGGGUAG